GUAUACUCCGGUAAUGGCGGCUAUUCUUUGAAGUUGUCGUACCUGAGCCAACCAAAACAUUCACUUAUAUUUGUUUAAUAACUCAUUUCAUGUUAAUGACAUGGUGUUGACAAGUUUAACUAUACACAGAAGAAUAAGUGUGCUUACUUUUGGAACGUAAAACAUUCGCAUCAUUGCAAAAAACGGUCUGUUUUGAUUCGUUGUUUGCAAACGAUUUGUUUUGACAUUUCUGUAUCCAAAUAAGACGCUGGUUAUUGCGUAUAAUAAUAUACUGCUUGACAGCGUAUGUGAUUUUAACACUUUGUUUUAAGUUGUUUUAUUAUUGUAUGCAAUGCAGCUUUAUUCAUGGAAAAACCCAUCACCUGAUCAUUGGCAAGAUUUUGGUCCGUCACGAUGAGUGUUGUACUCAGAGUUGGAGCAGUUAAUCCAGAUUAUUAUGCUGGCUGCCCUGAUGCUGACUCCUAUGAUGAUGGAAGUGCAGCAGAAGAUUACAGUAGACCUUCCUCUCAGUCCUUUCCAGGCUGUUUUGGACUACCCUACCAGGAUCACAAUUAUGGAGCACCACCACCACCUUCCCCUCCACCACGGGUUCCAUCACCUGUCUCCUAUAUAGAUAGGAGUAAUGGCCAUAUAGAAGUAGAAGAGAUAUCAGUGACAAGUGUAGGUCAACAGGCCAGUGUUGAUGUGACCAGCAGUGAUGCUGUUGAUGAUAGUAUUACCAGAUGUAUUUGUGACUUCACUCAUGAUGAUGGAUACAUGAUAUGUUGUGACAAGUGCAGUGUAUGGCAGCAUAUUGACUGUAUGGCUGUGGACAGGACAAAUAUUCCUGAAUCCUACUUCUGUGAAAUUUGUGAACCGAGAACUCUGGACAGAGACAGAGCAAGACAGAUUCAGCUGAGAAAAAGGGAAUUCAUCCUUGCAGCUGAUUCUAGCACAGAUACAGACCCUGAUGAACCUGUUAAUAGGAGAAUGUCUCAAGAUAUGGGUAAAAAGGGAAAACCCAAGAAAAGAACAAAAAUUCUGAAAAGUAAAGAUGACAAGGUCAGAAGAACAAAAAAAGACAAGAAAGAUAUCAAAAAGGAAAAAGAAAACAAAGAUUUAAGCAGGAGAUUGAGGAUAUCUUUGAAGGAAAGGGACUCAACAUCCAAAAAGAACUUAAAAAAUAAGAUGGGGAAGAAGUCUGGAUUUUUAUCGUUGAUCACAAAUGAUAAUGCUCAGCAGGAUCCCUGGGAUAGCUCUUACAGUCCAUGGGUUGAUAAAUAUGAAGAGGCAAAGGAGAAUCAGUAUAGUGCAGAUAUGCAAGCAAUUCUAGGACUCAAGAAACUGAAUGGAUCUCUCACUUGUUCUGGUAAUUAUAACUACAAAAGAAAUGGAAGACUUCUGGUUCAGUUGUGUCAUGUUACAGAGGUAAACAAAAAUAGAAAGGGAUUGGAAGCAUCUGAGACAAUUGGUGAAGGAGAGCCCAUCAUUGAGUACACUGGAAAUGUUAUGUUAAGAGAACAAUUUGACAAAGCCAAUUUUUAUAAAAGGUUAAAUCCAUUUGUAUUAUUUAACUCCAUGUUUGACAACAUAGAACUGUGUAUUGAUGCUACAUCAUAUGGAAACAUUGCCAGGUUUAUAAGGAGAUCAUGUAAAUCUAAUGCUGAGGUUAAACAUACAUUUGAAGAUGGGGAAUUAACAUUUAUUGUUGUAUCAACAAAAGUCAUCCCUAGAGGUUCUGAAAUAACCAUACCUUAUGAUUAUAAUUACAAAGAGUGUAUAUAUUGUGUGGAAUGUGCAUGUCUGAGGAAUAAUUGUCCUGUAGCAAAGUAUUUCAAGAGGAAACAAAAUGCUCAAAUCAAGAAAGAGAAAGAAAAAGUAGUGCCAAAAAGUGCGGUAAAAGCUGUAAAAACACCAACAACGCCGGUUAAAGUCAUGAAUCAUCAACCCAAAUCACCAAGAUCACCGGCAGCAAGCCUUCCUCGUUCACCUGUCAAAUCUCCCAUCAGGAAGUCCAUAAGCAUUGAAGAGCCUAUUAUAAAAGAGGAAAUAGAAGAAAUUAAACCAGAAGUUCCUCCUCCGCCACCCCCACCUGUGGUAUCUCCUGUCAAAGAAUCUAUAAUGGAGGAACGACUUCCAGAAGUCAAAGAGGAAAUUCCACAAGACCAAAACACAGACAGUGGUACAGAUCACCAAGAUACACAUAGUGAAAGUGAGGAGAACCCUUCAACAGAAAGAGCGAGAAGACUUUCAAGGGAAGAUAGAAAAAUGGAAGCCAUAAUGAAGGCUUUUGAGAAAAUGGAGAAGAGGCAAGAAAGACGAAAAGAAGCAUUAGCCAGAAUUGAUCAUACUACUAAAAAACCAGCUGCAAUAGGUAUUAAGCCAACAGAAGAACCCAAGAAAGAGAAAUUAAAAGUCAAGUGUCAGGAACCUAAAGAAACAAGAGAAAUAAAAGAAACAAGAGAAACGAGAGAAACAAGAAGAACAAGUGAAAGAAUUAGUAGAACAAGUGAGAGAAUUAGUAAUGCUGAAGAGGCAAAGAAGGAAAAAGCCAAGAUAGUGGAGAAAGAAGAAGUGAAACCUACGGUGGAAGAACCUGUACCAAUACUUCCUGAUCCACCAGCUCCUCCCCCUGUUACACCAGUCCUGCCCAUUACGCCAGCCCUUCCAGUCAGGAAAGUUUCUCACAAGAAAAAGAAAAGGUCAUCAUCAAAAAGGAAAUCUAGGAUAAACAGCAGUAACAUUGUGAAGUCUGAGCCUCAGUCACAAGAUGAAUGUAGUAAUACAGUAACUAGCUGUCCCUCAACACCUGUCUCUGCACCUCCUGAUGUCACUAACACACCUCCAUCAUUCAAGUUCCUUAAAACCAAGAAGCAUUUAAUGAAUGAAUGGUUGAGUGAGAAGAGCCAGGAUGUUGUUCCUACACUGCCACCACCACCACCAUCUGGACAACCAUCCAAGAUAGAGCCACUGGAAGUACAUGUAGAGGAGGAUACAAUGUAUGUAGCCUGUCGUCCAAGUCCUAGGAAUGCACUGGACCAUUUGAGGAGGAAUAGUACCAGUGCAGGGUGCAGUCCUUACAGCAAUCUAUCAUCGUCAUCAAAACAAGAAAGCAGCAGCAUAGGAUCUGCUAAAAAGCGAUGGCUUAGACAGGCUAUGUUUGAUAAACCAGUCCCACAGAACAGAUCAUUGUCACCAAUAGGGCUUGCAGGAGGUUUAAGUCCUAACCCACAUGUCAGUCUCCCUAGUCCAGGAGGAUCACCACCUGCGGAUUAUAUAACUCCACUAAAGAAGAGGAGGUUAGCUAGUUAUAGAGAGUCUAUUGACCAGCCACCAACACCUUCUGCUGCUCAGGGUGUGGUAUCUUCAGAACAGCCUGCAGAGGAAGUUAUAGAUGUACAAAACACAGAUCCUGUGUCAGAGGCAGAAAUGGGACCAUCUAGAAAUAACAGGAAUGAAUCUGAAGCUUCUUACAAACCAAGACUUAUGGACAGUUUAGUGAGACAUUCUGUAGAUGGUGCAUGUUUAAACCACAGAACUUCAUCAGAUUCUCAGAUUUCAGCUGAUGAAGGGGAGAAAGUGACUAGUAAUUUAGAAUCGGUUUCAAGUAAUACUGAUUCUGUAAUGGAAAGCUCAAAUGAAUGUGAUAGCCAGCAGGAAGAUGAUUCUGUGGAACGCAAUAUAGACGUUAGUGACAACCGAUUAGAAGCUAUGGAGGUUGACAGCACACAAAGUGACUCAGAGAAGAAAGAAGCUGUAUGUGAUAGUACAUGUAAAGUGGAAGACAACAGAGCAUGUAGUAGUUCUAUUACUGAGGAGGCAUCAGUAGUAGAUAGUAGCUCUGAUGUAGGGCUUAAUGAAGAGACAAAUGCAGACUCCGUUGAAAUGUUAGAAACUCAUGCCUCACAAGAAAAUGUGGGCAGUAGUAAUGUGUCGCAGGUGCUGGCUUCCCAAGAAAAUGUGGGUAGCAGUAAUGUGUCGCGUGUGCUGGAUUCUCAAGAAAAUGUUGGUAGCAGUAAUGUGUCGCAGGUGCAUGAUUCCCAAGAAAAUGUGGGUAGCAGUAAUGUGUCGCAGGUGCUGGAUUCCCAAGAAAAUGUGGGCAGUAGUAAUGUGGCAGAGCUACUAGUAUCGCAGGAAAAUGUGGGUAGUAGCAGUGCGUCAGAGCCACUGGUGUCACAGGAAAACGUGGGAAGUAGUAAUGUGUCUGAUAUUUCCAUUUCACGGGGAAAUGUUGGUAGUAGUAAUGUGUCUGAUAUUUCCAUUUCACAGGGAAAUGUUGGAAGUAGCAAUGUGUUGGACAGACAUUUGUCUCAUGAAAAUGUUGAAAGCAGUAGUGUGUCACAUGAAAACAUUUGCAGCAGUAAUGUGUUGCAGGAAAAUGUGGGGAGUAGUAGUGAUAGACAUGUAAGGAAUUAUAACUUUGAUGUUAGUAGUAGUAGUGAGUUACAUCACUUCUCAUCAAACUUAGUAGAAUCAUCUCAAGUGACAGAAAAUGUCAGUGUUUCAUCUACAGAACAAACUUGUAGUUCAUAUAGUGCUACCUCAGAGGGUGGGGGAAUGGCUGACAGUUCUAUGUCAGAAAACAAAAUAGACUUAUCGGACAUGGGCAUAGCAGAUGUAUCAGCUGUUGGGGACUCUACACAAUAUGUAAAUAAUACUAGUGCUACUGACAGUGUAGGGGAACCUGUUGCCAGUUCAUCAAUGGCUGAGGACUCUGGUAUAAUGUUAGACCCAUUAACACCACAAGACCUAUUGGGACCUUCGAAGAAAAAGGUUAGUUUACUGGAAUACAGAAAACGACAAAAAGAGAAGACCCCAGUAUCAACAUCAACACCAUCAUCCAGUAGACCUUCAUCGACAACCAUCAUUGCUCCUUCAUCUACAACAUCUCCCAUUCAUCGUCAUCAUCGAUUCUCAACACUUCCAUCACUUCCCUUGUUUGAUUCAUCGCCAACAAAGGAUAAUUCAUCUAGAUACCAUUUUAAAAGCUCAUCUGAUCUUAUAAGGAAAAAGGCAACAGAAACAAAGGAGAAGAGACCACAAUUAAGUUUGUCAGAGAGGUUGAGGAUGGAGUUUGGACUGGAGGAUAGCGAAGAGGAAAAAGAUGUUGAAAAAGAUCCCAGUCAUCGUAGACAGACAUCAUUAUCAUCAUCUCAUAUUCCCCCGCCCCCACCACCACCACCCAAGCAAGAGCCUUCUUCAGCACCUGUUUCUUCAUCAGCUUUUCAGCAUCCACAAUUUCCUCAACCUUCUGUCAUGUUGAGAGGACCGUCGCCUGUCCUUGUUCAGAAUGGACAACAGCCUGCUAGUGCACCUAUAAUGACCACUAUCAAUGGAGUUCCUGGACCAGUUGGACCUUCACCAGUUAUGCCUCAGAUAGGGCCACCACACAUGUUGGUGAAUGGGACGCUGAGUCCUGUUCUACCACCACAGAGCCCAGUCCUGCUAUCACAUCCAUCUAAUUCUGUUUCUGGUGGGAAGGCUAUCCCUUCAUUGUUAUCAAUUAAGACUUUUCCUACCCGUAACUUGCCAAAUGGUAAUGAUCCAGGAACAACACCUCCUUCAUCAGGACUAGUGGAUCAAUCAAACAUAUUUCAUUCUAAUAAUCAAGGUGUAUCAACAAACCAGCAUUUUGCAGCAAAUCAUAUCAACAAUAAUUCACCUGUUGGAUUCACUCCUCCCUCUGCUGAUAUGGCUCAAUCAUCUUCACAGAACCCACCCAUCUUCAACCAGAAUGGAACAACAUCACAACAAAACUUUAAUGGAACAAACAUGCCUUCUAAUGGACCAAUUGUGCAUGAAUAUAAUCAUGGUUUUCAUGAUCAACCCGCACAGAAACUCUAUCAUUCACAGGAUCAACGAAAAAAAUCAAACAAGUUCAAACGAAAACAUUAUAACAGCUACCAAGAUUCUGGAGGGGGUCAUUUUCAUUGAUACAUUGUACUUAAUUUAUUUUAAAACAUAUUGAACAGUAUUUUUAUAUAACAUGUAACAUGUUUGUCGGCAGCAAUUUUAUGUUAGCAGUUAGUUGUUUUUGUUAUUGCAGAUAUUUUUCUGUUCAUUUUGGGUGUUUAUAUUUUGAGACAGUAGCUGAUAGUAUAGUUCUUUUGCAGUAUUUAGUGGUCUUCACAUGCCUUAUUGGGUUAUAUAUAUACACUGUUGGUGGUCUCAGAAAUUUUUGUUUUAAUAUAUUUUUGGAAGGUAUUUGAGUGUUCUGUAAAAAAGUUGUUAAAACUGUUCAGACUGACUGUAAAGUUUUUGAAUUCCUUAAAAAAAGAAUGGUAAAUUUAGGCAUAGCUCUGACUUUGACAAUCAUGAUUAAGACAAAUUGAAGAUAUGAAUAAGUUUUAGAACCUAUUGUUGAUGUAGAAGAUCACAAAAUUGAGAGACCGACUCUAAAAAUUGUUUGCUUUAUAAUUGAUAGGAGUUUUCUCCCUUUAUUUUAGAGUAAAGAUAUAGCUAUUUCAGAAGAUGAUUUUCUUUUACACUUAAAUGGUCAGAGUUUUGUCUUAGCUUACUACAGAUAUUGUUGGAGCUUUGUUUAAAGUAUGGGGUCACCAUUGAUCUUACUGUUGAAAUUGAUUGAAGCAUUUAAAAGGUUGCCCAUUAAUUAUAAAUUUCUGACCCACCAACAAGUAUCUUGAAGUUGACAAUAUAUAGCAUUUCAUUUAUAAUGAUAUUAUACAUCUCUUACAGCUAAUGUUAAAGCAUUUUAUGUAAAGGGCUCGCUACAGAAGUAUUUAUACACAGAUGGCAUCGUUAAAGUUAUUGUUUCUCUUUGUUUGCAAUAAAUGUUAAAUGCAGUGAAAUGUUUUAAUUUAAAUCUUGAUUGUAAUAUAUUUGGUCUUAAAUAUUAUGGAAAAAAUUACUGUUGAAAAUUCUAAUUGCAUUAAAUUUUUCGGAUAAGUACUAUGCGUUAGCUAUUAUACAUUUUUGAUCAUGUAAUUGCAGAGCUAGAUUUUUAAUGUUCUUGACAGAAUAAUUUUCAAGAUUUAAACAAAAUCUACUGGCAAUGGUUUACAUACUUUGAAAAUCAAUUUCAAUUUUAUAUUCAGCAUUUUUACUGAAAGAAACAAAUCAUAUAUAUUAUGAUUUGACUGUCAAACCCAUAUUAUGCCAUUAUUUUAACUAUAGUACAAAAAAAGAUUUAAUACCAAUAAUGCAUUCACUAUUUUUUUCAGUUUUGAAGUAGGGAGAAACAAAAAAUUAGAAACUCUAUGAUAUAUAUUUAUAGAAAAAUUAAAAUGUAAUGUCAUUGAUAUACACAUAUAACUUACUGCCAGAGAGGGAAAAAAUCAUGAUUAAGGGCAUUAACUAUGGGGGGAAAUCAUUCAUUGUUUUAUUAUGAUCUCUUAGGCAAUUUAUAUACAGCCUUAACAUGUAAAUAUUCAUUGUACAUGUUUUCAUCUGUCAGCCAUCUGUAAAUAAUUCACUGUGUACAUGUGUAGAUAACUUGUGUAGAUAUGUAAAUAUGUACAGUAUUUGUACAAAAGUGUAUAAAGUAUUCUCUCAAUUCUUCUUUUAUCUAUCUCAACGUUAUUGAAAUAAUAAGGUAUAUUUUUCUAGAAGUUUGUUUACAAGGUUAGAAGUUAAUAUUUUGUGAAAGUUACAAAUAAAAGACAAAAGUUGAGGAUAAACUUGUUACUUGGUAUCAAAUUAAUUAUGUUUCUUUGAUAAGACUAUCUUUUUUCUAUGUACAUUGUUUUUGCUUGAGGAAAUCUGUAACUAUUUUAUGAAUAAAUCAGGGUAGCCUUUAAUACAAAACAAAAACACCAUGCUAGGCUUGGAAGCUCUAAAAGCGGAAGCAUUCAAUUUGUCAAUCUGUCCGUCCACUCCUAUGACCAAAAACAUUUUCGUCACACUUUUAUUAGAAAUUACUUAACUAAAUGACUUCAUAAUUGGUCAGCAGCUCAACAUUUGAUAAUUAUAAAGUCUGAAUACUCUUUGGAUAUGUUAAAUACUUACUUCCUAUAUGCUAAUACGUUCAAUAUUUUUGUAUGUUGUAUGAACUAACAACAUUUCUUAGUUUGUAAUGGACAGGAUGACUAUAUAUGGACUGCAGCUCAAAAUGAGUUGUAAUGUAUGUGCACUAUUCUGAUCAGUCAGAAUCUUACAUGACUAUUUCUGAUACUAUGAAUUUGGAUUGGGGUAUACUCAGCACGACAACAUGCAUUCUUGUUUCAGUAUUUUUCAUAAAACUUUAUUUUGUAAAGGUAAAGCAUUCAAAGUUGACGGAUUAAAAAAGAGCUAUAAGAGUGUAAUAAGUUGUGGUUAAUUAUUGAACGAAAGAAACAACAUCAUCUAUAGUCUUAACCUGUGGUACACUGGUACACAAUGGCAUAUAGCCUAGGAGAAGAAAUUUAAUGUGAAAUAAUCAUUGAUUUGAAAUUGACAGUUGUCACAAGCACCCUUUAUAAGAAUUUUUAAAUGUUGCAGAUUUUUAUUAUUAAAUGAACCUGUUGUAUAAAACAAUGUACAUUUUGUUUCUGUCUGUCCUAAACUGUCUAUAAUUUAUUUCUGUCUUUAUGUGUGUAUGAGUGAAGAGAAAAAGGGGUAAUGACCAACUGUACAGAGACAAAAUAAAACAAAUUUAAUCUUA